CUUGUUACUCACCGAGCCUCAGGGUGUGGGACAGCGGGCGCGCCGCCUUCGCGCUUCCUGUCUCCUAGGCCGGGUUUCCAUGGAAACUGUCAGUGAAUUUCCCCAGCGUCCACCUUCGCUCACAUCAGUCACUGCAGCCGUUAUUAACCGCUGCGGAACGGCACCGGGCAGGGCCGGUUUCCGAUUUCGUUUUGGAUCAUGCGGUGCGCGGAGUUAAAGAGGAUCUGACAUAAAAUCAGAGUGCCAGGCGGUCUGACAGGGUCCGUGCAGAAGUGAACAGAGUCCACGCCUGAUCACCGGGAGUCUCAUUCAGAACGGUAAGGCAGAAUUGUGGUCUCCGUUUGGGACGCCCGAUUUGAUGACAGCGGUUCCAUUUAUGAGCACAACACUCCAGCAAAAUCCCCGCCUGUUUGCAAACGACUGGACGUGCGUUCAGCAUACUCCAUUUCCCAAAACAAAACUUCGCUGUCUAAAAGGACCGACGACCAGUCAGAUGCCCGAGAAAGUGAUUUAUUCUCAAACGGAGCUGAGAAUGGACCCAACCUGAAUUGACACAAAAUGUAUCAACUCCACAGUGCAACCAAUUUCUGCUUCUUUUCCUGAGAAGCAAUGAUCUGCAUACAGUGACUAUAAAGAAAUGUCGACGACAACCGGGUGCCCGGCAGAAGUGAUGCCAUCACAGAAUGCUAGUCGCUACUUCAGUUACACAUUAGAAAGUCACACGGUGGAAGCUUUUAAAAUAAUGAACGAGAUACGCUUAAACAAGCAACUCUGUGAUGUGACACUUCAGGUGAAGCACAAUGCUCUGGAGGAGGAGUUUGUUGCACACAAGAUUGUUCUUGCCUCCUGCAGCCCUGUUUUCAAGGCCAUGUUUACCAAUGGUUUGAAAGAAUGUGGAAUGGAGGUUAUACCCAUUGUGGGCAUUCACCCUAAAGUAAUGCAACGUUUGAUCGAGUUUGCAUACACAGCUAGUAUUACAGUGGGAGAGAAAUGCGUGCUACAUGUAAUGAAUGGAGCAGUGAUGUACCAGAUAGACAGUGUUGUUAAAGCAUGCUGCAAAUUCCUAGUGGAGCAAUUGGAUCCUAGUAAUGCCAUUGGCAUCGCCUCAUUUGCUGAGGAAAUUGGCUGCCGAGAGUUGAGUGAAAAGGCAAGAGAGUAUAUAUAUCUGCAUUUCAGUGAGGUAGCAAAACAGGAAGAAUUCUUCAACCUUACACAGUGUCAGCUGGUCAGCCUAAUCAGUCGCGAUGAGUUGAAUGUGCGCUGUGAAUCUGAGGUCUAUCAUGCCUGUAUAGAAUGGGUGAAAUAUGACUGUGAAAACAGACGUCCAUAUAUCCAUGCGUUACUGAAUGCAGUAAGGUGCCAUUCUCUGACUCCAAACUUCCUGAAAACGCAACUGCAGAAGUGUGAAAUACUCCGAAUGGACUCCAAGUGUAAAGAUUAUCUUGUAGAAGUCUUUAAGGAGCUGACACUGCACAAACCAACCAAGGCUUGUCCUUGCAGGUCACCAAAUGUUCCUCAGUUAAUGUACACAGCGGGAGGGUAUUACCGGCAAUCACUGAAUUUUCUGGAAGCUUACAAUCCUUUGGAGAACUGUUGGAUCCGAUUGACAGAUAUGCCUUUACCGCGGAGCGGCUUAGCUGCUUGCACCGUUCAUGGACUCCUAUAUGCAAUAGGAGGAAGAAAUAAUUCGCCGGAUGGCAAUACUGAUUCAAAUGCAUUGGACUGUUACAAUCCUAUGAACAAUCAGUGGUCCCCCUGUACACCAAUGAAUGUCCCCAGGAACAGGGUUGGAGGAGGAGUGAUAGAUGGAAUGAUCUAUGCUGUUGGUGGAUCUGAAGGCUGUAUCCAUCACAAUUCUGUAGAAAGAUAUGAUCCAGAGAAGGACCAGUGGGAAUUUGUGGCUUCAAUGUCAACCAGCAGAAUCGGUGUUGGUGUUGCAAUAGUAAAUCGCCUUCUGUAUGCAGUUGGUGGCUUUGAUGGAACAAAUCGCCUCAAUUCAGCAGAGUGUUAUCAUCCUGAAGACAACAUGUGGAACACCAUUGCACCAAUGAACACUGUUAGGAGUGGAGCAGGUAUCUGUGCACUAAAAAACUACGUUUAUGCAAUUGGAGGAUAUGACGGUAUAAACCAACUUAACAGUGUAGAACGAUAUGACAUUGAAAUGGACAGAUGGACAUAUAUUGUGCCAAUGAAACACAAGCGCAGUGCACUUGGAGUAACAGUCUAUCAGGGCAAAAUUUAUGUGCUUGGUGGCUAUGAUGGACAAGAUUUCCUCAGUAGUGUGGAGUGCUUUGAUCCAGACACUGGUCAAUGGACAGAAGUGACCCAGAUGACCUCGGGCAGGAGUGGCGUUGGUGUGGCUGUGACAAUGGAACCAUGCAAUUUGGCUCGAUGCUAAUGUUCCCAAUCUCUCAGAUCAAUCUCCAAUCUUAACAGUUCUCCUGGACUUGAUAGUGCAGUUUUUGACAGACUGUACCGGCAUUUGCUGUAAAUCCCUAUUUCACCUAUGCAGUUGAAUCACAUGAGCAGUUUUAAAAAAAAUUUUGCACUUUGUUUUGCCAUAAAUCAGAAAAUUUUGUAUGAACUCCCUUAAUUUGACAUUUAAUAACUGAUGAACAUAAAUUCUGAAUCUCUCAACCAGUCCAAUUAGAGUGCUUAAUGAAUACUUGUUAGAUAUUCACAGGUGGGUUUGUGUUGCAGGGCUUGUCUUGCUCACCAGUCUGAAAUCUACAGUGUUUAUCACCUAUUCCCAAAGACAAUUUCCAUGUUCUAAUGAGGAUGGCAUCUUGUAACAAUAUGCUAAUUACCUAAAUUAAUUAACUUUGAUAUUUGUAAUUACCCACUUCUUGAACAGCAUGCACUAAAUAACCGUAAUAGAUGAGCAUAUGGUAGUAAAUUGGAGCACAAGUCUCUGUUCCAUGUGAGAGUGCAGAAUCCAGGUCGGAUUAUAUUAGCUACACAGUUAGAGGAGGGGCAGGGGGGUGGGCACUGGAAGGAACAUCCAUUUAAAAGAUUUUCUCCUUUUGCUCUCUACAUCUGGUUUCUCUUGUGCUCUGUGUGGAGAAGGUGUUGUUUGGAAUUUAACUGCGACAGUUUGCCGGUGCCAUAACAGAUUAUUUUGCACUAGUAUUUGUGUAAAAAUUUCCAAAAGAAAUAAUUGAAUCCAUUCUAAGAAAAUGAACAUCAGUGACUUAAUUUCUAAGACAGUAUUUUUAAUAAAAUGUGUUAACUUUAAUAAACAAUGUAUUUAAUAAAUA